AUGGUGAAAAGAACAAAGGUUUCAAUCGUACGUGAGAAGCGUACCAGGGAUUAUGUGCCGGAGGGAUCUAUUUCCUUCAAUGAUGAGGAUGCAGAAGGUAGUUCGGCCAACAUUAUCCGAUGGAGAGUAGUUGAACAACUGAGGUUGCUAGAUCAAAUUGUUCCGAUAGCUCGGGUUCACAGCGGAUUCAAUAAGGCAAGCGAAAUUACUAAGGGAGAAAUCUCUUUGCUGGUCAACAUCGACGGAACUAUUCAGCAAACUGUGUUCUAUGUCAUCGAAGGAAAGAUGAAAUAUAAUGCAUUACGUGGCAGACCGUGGAUUCAUCACAUAAGGGUAGUACUAUCGACAUUGCAUCAGAUGUUAAAAUUCCCAACUCCGGAAGGGAUAAAUACGGUCCUUGGUGAACAACCCACAAUAAGGGAUAUGUUCGCGGUUGAAGAGGCCUCCUUCAACCUGAAGGAACCGGUCCAAAAAGCUGUUGAAUCAACCAAAGGCAAAGAUACUAAAUAG